UUGAAGCCUUGUUGUUUUCGCCUUGCUUGUCCGUUCUCUGGCAAUGUCUUCUGCCGAGAAAUGUCCAUACGAGUCUUGUCAUGUUUCGGACACACUGAAGAGAGUUCUGUGUCAUAUCCGCGACGCUCACGACCCGAAUCUCCUCCCAGGGGAUUUCAUCGCUCGCCUGAAUCUUCUUCAGUGCUCAUUCUGCAAAAGAUGGUACUUGAAGUUGAAUCAACACACUUCUCAAUGCCGUUCUCGGAAAUCCGUUUCUGAUGGUCAACGGUCAAGUCAGGGCCAUACUACACUCGGCGCAUCGUCACCUCCUGGAAGGAACGUCCGGAAGACCCUUUCUGAGUUGCCGCCGUCUCUUACAGUGCCGGAUUCAUUCUCUGGAGAUUCCGCUUGUCAUAAUCCACCUCAGCGCGUGUCCCUACAGGAUGCCCAUGCUGACCUAGAGACUGCAGCCUGGAACAUUAUCCGGGAUCUGCCCUCGGAUGCCAUUCUCAAGGCCAUUCCCCCACGGGUUGUACAAACUAUCAAGCCUGCUGCACGAGCACUCUUUCACGACUGUUGUGCUGUGGCCCUUCGAAAGAUCCAUGACAAUCCCGGUGACGAGCUAGCAUGGAAGCUGCUCUUCCUCAUUCCACGCAUGAUUCUCACGCCUAUGGUCAGGGGAGGACGUCAUGGCUUUCGUGACGUCAAAGUGAGGUAUCAGAAAUUUCUCAGUUGGAAUUGGUCGGAUCUACUUCAGCUAAAUGGAUCAACUUCAAAGAAGACGCCUCGUUGUAGUGAUGAAGCACGGAGAGCCGCUACCCUGAGGUUGGUGAGAUGUGGAGAGCUUUCAAGAGCUUCCAGGUUGUUAACCAGCAAAGGCCUAGCUCCUGCCUCAGAAGAUACCACAGCAAAGCUGGCUUCCAAGCACCCUUCCAGAGCCACGGGGUUGCAUCUUCCUUCUUUGUCUCAAGAUUCAAUCAAACUGUCAAGCUCAGCGCUGUUUGAUGCCAUUAGACGAGCUCCACGGGGUUCUGGUGCAGGUCUCUCAGGCUGGCGCUUCGAGCAUUUGAAAGUUCUACUUGAAAACGAGCUCACAGCAGAUUGUCUUUUUUCCGCUUGUUCGGCUAUUGCUAGAGGCAUAUUGCCUGCUGCUGCAGUAACCCUCUUUUCUUCAUCUCGGCUAAUUGCUCUGCCCAAGUCCAAUGGCGACAUACGACCUAUUGCAGUUGGUGAAGCUAUACGCAGGCUGACAGCUCGAGCUAUAUGUCAACAAAAAAAGGAACUGUUCUCAAGCUUCUUCUGCCCCAUCCAGCAUGGUGUGGCAACCGAGUGUGGCACUGAGCUGAUUGUCCAUCACAUUGAGCUACUCCUCCAGCACAAUCCCGACUGGGUUGUAUUAAAAUCUGAUGUCAGAAAUGCAUUCAAUUCCAUCAGCAGACAACAGAUGUUGGAGCAAGUGGUCGGGUCAUUUCCAGAUAUCUUGAAUCAUGUAGCUCAGAUGUAUGGGAGGAUCAGCCCAUUGGUAUUCAUGCAAGGUAUCACUCCAGUUACAAUCGAAUCUGCAGAAGGGGUCCAUCAAGGCGACCCGCUGGGGCCAGUUCUAUUUGCCACUGCCAUUCAUUCUGUUCUAAAAGAUCUUCAGGAGAUGCAUCCGAAGGUUCGUAUCUUGGCAUACUUGGACGACGUCUUUGUACUGGGUCACCCUACGGAUAUUCAGUCUGCCUUUCAAGAUCUGAAAAAGUCUUUUUUUGCCAUCAACAUGAUCAUCGCAGAUUCAAAGUGUGAGAUCUACUGCCCUUCUACACGUGAUCCUGUUGAAGGCUUUGACUGCAUACCAGUCACUGAUGAUGGAGCCAUCUUUCUUGGAGCACCCGUAGGCACACCUUCAUUUGUUGCCUCCUCUUGCUCGAACAUCGCAAAGUCAAAAUUCUUACUGUGUAACGAACUUGUUCAAUUGGGAGACAUACAGAGUGCCAUGCUCUUGUUGAGAGGCUCUCACGUCCCUUGCCUGAAUCACUUGGCACGCUUAGUUCGUCCUGAGUUGCUCACACAAGCAGCUUCAAUUCACGACUCUCAGACAAGAAAGACAUUUUGCCAUCUACUUGGGUUCAACGAGAUUGAGGACAUGCCUUGGCGCCAAGCUGUUUUGCCAAUUAGACUUGGUGGCUUUGGCAUGACUUCGUUGGCUUUUGUGUCGCAGCCUGCCUUUGUUGCAUCCUGGGCUCACGCCAUUGUGGAACUGCCUCUUCGUUUUCCAAGUCUCUUUCCAGCUGUUGACAGCCUAGUUAAUUCAACUACUGGGGCUCUUAGUAACGCCCUGACCCAAUCUGUCCCUGAUGGAAAGCAUAUUUCCGAAUAUCUGACAUCUGCAGGCAAAGUUCAGCAUCAGCUAUCCAUGUCAUUUGCUCGCUGUGAGGCAGAAAUCUUGUUCACAGAUGCACCCACAGCCCGAGAUGCAGCACGACAUCGAUCUACAAAAGGAAAAGGAGCUGGUGCAUGGCUGAACGCAAUCCCGACUUCAGAAGUGCUCGCACUAAAUUCUUACGAGUAUCGUUUAGCGUCCUUGCUGAGGUUGGGCUUGCCCAUUCCACUUUCUGACUGGAUGACAACAUGCAACUGUGGUGCCUCCCUGGACAGCAGUGGGUACCAUCUGCUAACAUGCAAAACCGGUGGAGGGCCAGUUUGGUCGCACGAAUCGCUCGCAUCAGUCUGGUCUGAUUGCCUGCGGGAGCUGCACAUCCAUCAUCGAAGGGAACCGAGGCAUCGGUAUGCCAAUUCCAAUGACCGGCCAGACAUUGUAGCCUUCGACUCAGACUCUGGGUGCAAUGUGGAUCUGGACAUAGCUCUAGCACACCCAUGGAGCUCGGACAUCUUCCCUAGAUCUUCGGAAACAGAUGGCGCCGCUGCUGAGAGAAGAGAGGAGAGAAAAAAGUCAAAAUACGAGAAGGAAUGUCUACCAGGUGGAACUGCUGUCAGUCUCAUUCCUCUGGUUAUGGAGCAUUUUGGACGCUGGGGUGUCAUGGGAAGAAACUUCCUGCAGAAACUAGCAAAGAAAUCAUGUGACGAAAUUGGUAGACCAAACGCUGCAGAGUUCCUUGACUUUUGGCGAAAAAGAUUCUCCCUUCAGCUGCAAAAAUGCAAUGCCAAAGUCAUACUGAGGAAGAUGGCAAGCUUGUCAAGUGACACAAGUAGCGCUAAGUACUCAACCCAGUUCUUUAGCCACUAGGCUGACCUGGGUUAUCUUUUAAGUUAAGUUGUUACUGUUUUUAGUGCUUUUUCCUGUGUACUGUAGCACCUAAAACAUUAUGUCAUUGCCUAGCACUCUUUGUAUGAUAGAUGAAUGUUUGAAAAUAUAUGUGACAGACAGACAGACAGACAGACAGACAGACACCCGGAUGUUACGUGGCAGCGGCAGUUGUUUUGUUUCUCGCUAGUUUGAGUGUACCUACAAGCUAUUUGCCAUUACAAUAUGGCUGAUGACAAAGAAAACUGUCCGUUUCCGUCGUGUCAUGUGUCUGGAAAACUGCAGCGUCUUCUCUGUCAUGUUCGUCAAACUCAUGACUCAGAUGACGUCCCCGCAGAGUUUGUCUCUCGUCUGAACCUACAUCGCUGUCAAGACUGUCGGCAGUGGUUUCUAAAGCUGAAUCAACAUUCUAACCAGUGUAGGAAAUCAGCAAGGUCUUCUCUAACCUCAAAGUCUUCACAACGGCCGUCGGGAGAUUCGAAUCCCCACCCCCGCCCCCCAGGUGCGGAAGCCUCCGAAGGUGCCGAAAGCAAUUCGGUUGUGACGCCCGCUGUCGUGAAUGCAAGAAGUCACUGUCCCAUCGUCUCAUCUCAGGUUCCUCCAAGUGUACACGUAUCAUGCACUGUGCCUUCACAGGCGUGGCAGUUUAUACGGGACCUUUCUGUGGAAACAAUUCUUCGGGCAUCGCCGCCACGAACAAUCAAUACUAUCAAAUCAGGUUCAAAAGCCUUGUUUCAGGAAUGCUGCCUAUA